CGUUUGUUUGCCAAACUCCUUAAACCGGAGAGGAAGAAGAUCAUAUUCAGCGUGCUCCUCUCUGUUGUUUUGACUUGAUGCAAGCUGUUAGAAAAGUUGUUUCUGUAAAUCGACAAAUACAGUUUUUGAAUCAGGUCAAUGAUAUUCUCAUCCUCAAAGUCGUGACUAGGGUUUUAAGCAAGCAGGGAUAUCAUCUGAAAUGAGAUCUGCUGCUGUGAAGAUGUUUGUUAAAGAAGAGAGUGAAGAGAACUCGAGAGAACCAGAAACCUGUACAAUAAAACACGAGGAAACCGAAACCUGGAGAAUUAAACACAAUGAGCCAGAAACCUGGAGAAUAAAACACGAGGAACCUGAAAUCUACAGAGUAAAACAAGAAGAACCAGAAAGAUGGAGAAUAAAACACGAGCAUCAAGGAGAGUUGAUUAAAAAAAAACAAGGAGAAUGAAGAAUCAAGUGAAGUUGAGGAGACAAAUCAUGUCAAACCUGGAGAAAAACCUAUGAGUUGCUCUCAAACCAAACAGAAUGAUCUACAGAAAACUGGAGUCAAUAAAUCUUUCCCCUGCACUCAGUGUGGAAAGAUUUUCAUACGCAAAUGGUCUUGAUGUUCACAUUAGAGUUCAAACUGGAGAGAGACCAUUCCCAUGUGAAUAUUGUGGAAAGACAUUCACACAAAUAUCACACCUUUAUGUACACAUGAACAUCCACACUAAAGAGAAACUGUACUCAUGUGAUCAGUGCGGGCAAACGUUUUUGAGGGCUUCAGUCCUAAAGCAGCACCUGAGAGUUCAUACAAAGGAGAAGCCAUAUUCAUGUAAUUUGUGUGGAAAGAGUUUUUCAUGUCUACAACAUUUGAAAGUACAUCAGAAAGUACAUGUUGUUGAAAGAGAUUACAUAUGCUGUGAGUGUGGGAAGACUUUUACUACAGUAAGCUGUUUAAAACGGCACCAGAGGAUUCACACUGCAGAAAAACCUUACAAAUGUUCACACUGUGACAAGAGAUUCAAUCAGUCUUCAUACCUGAAAACACAUGAGAGGAUCCACACUGGAGAAAAACCAUACAAGUGUUCACACUGUGACAAGAGAUUCUGUCAGUCAGCAAAUCUGAAAACACACCAGAGGAUUCACACUGGAGAAAAACCUUACAAGUGUUUACACUGUGACAAGAGAUUCUGCAAUUCAGGAGUCCUGAAGACACAUAAAAGGAUCCACACUGGAGAGAGACCAUAUCCGUGCACUGCAUGUGGGAAGUGUUUCAAAAAUGUAUCUAAUCUAAACAGUCAUACAAAAACCAAUCACAGCAAGUAGAUCAUCUUCAGAUCCAGCUCUUUCAGGCAGUGGUGGACUGGUCAUCUGAGUUGGGUCAGCCCGGCCCUUUGCGUGAAUAUAUAGAGCGAAUUAUGGAGACAAUACAACAAGACUUGCUGUUUGUAUUGUAUUACUGUUUACGAUAACAUAACAUUUUUAAAUGACAGACAUUAAUUUUUAGGUAUACAAACUGAAAUUUUUCAUUUUUCUAAUUUCUUAAUGCUAUUAAAUAGGGCUGCAUGAUAAAUCGAAAAUGAAAUCGAAAUCGCAGUUAGACAUGAGCUGUGAUUUUCAUGCGAAUCUUUCUGUGAAGCAUGGUUUUGUAAUCAGAAGUAAAUCUCCAUCCAAAGGCUAGAGAACUCCAAAUAUGCCCCGCAGAAGAAACCCAUGAAAUGCCAGCGGUACCUGGAUAAAUGGAAGAUUUAACUGCUUUUAUUGAAUCAAUGGGAAUAAUAAACACGGUACUAUGACAAUAUGA